ACUCCGGCUCCCGCUGGAGCUGCGGCGGCCGCAGGUUCCACCGCGGGUCUGUGCAGCCGCGGGCGUGCCGGGCACUGCAGCGCCAGUCCCUAGCCCCCAGCCCGCGUUGGCGCUGCCRUGUAGCCUCGGCCAGGCCCUCAAGGCAAGGACAAAGCAGCUUCCCCGGAAGGCCCCGCCAGAGUGGCAUUUACCUGAAGCUGCCGGCAAACACAGGCUCCAAGAUGGUUUGCGGGGGCUUCGCGUGUUCCAAGAACUGCCUGUGCGCCCUCAACCUGCUCUACACGUUGGUUAGUCUGUUGCUUAUUGGAAUUGCUGCUUGGGGCAUCGGCUUCGGGCUGAUUUCCAGUCUCCGAGUGGUUGGUGUGGUCAUUGCAGUGGGCAUCUUCUUGUUUCUGAUUGCACUAGUGGGGCUGAUCGGAGCUGUGAAACACCAUCAGGUGUUGCUAUUUUUUUAUAUGAUUAUUCUCCUUCUUGUAUUUAUUGUUCAGUUUUCUGUCUCUUGUGCUUGUUUAGCCCUGAACCAGGAGCAACAGAGUCAGCUUCUGGAGGUUGGUUGGAACAAUACAGCAAGUGCUCGAAAUGACAUCCAGAGAAAUUUAAACUGCUGUGGGUUCCGAAGUUUUAACCCAAAUGACACCUGUCUGGCUAGCUGUCAUCAAAUCAGCCACAAGUGCUCGCUUUGUGCUCCAAUAAUAGGAGAAUAUGCUGGAGAAGUUUUGAGAUUUGUGGGUGGCAUUGGCCUCUUUUUCAGUUUUACAGAGAUCCUGGGGGUUUGGCUGACUUACAGAUACAGGAACCAGAAAGAUCCUCGCGCUAACCCUAGUGCAUUCCUUUGAUGAGGAAACAAGGAAAAUAUUUCCUAUUCUGAUUGUAUUCACUUUCUCUAAUUUGAAGUAAAGCUAGUUUGCCCAUUUAACAAAAGAAACAGUAUCUGGAAAAUUACAUUAUCAACAGUGGAAUUAUAUAUUUUUAUUCUUAUGUUUCUGUAGAUGUUAUUCUUUUUUCCAUUGCUAAACAAAGACUGAAAUCUGUGGUCUCCUCUGGCCCUCAGUGGUWCCUGUAAUCUACUGUACUCAGUGUCUGGCACUGUCCACCGUGGCCUUUCCUAGCAUUUUUACCUGCAGAAAACUUUGUAUGGCACUACUGUGUUGAUYAUAUUGUGAAACUAAAUACACAUCUCACUGGAAUAAUUGUGUGUAGCACUGUGCUGUGUAGAUAGUUCCUACUGGAAAGAGUUAAAGCUUAUUACAAAGCCAGAAUGUAAGAGAUUCUAUUAUGUUCAGUUCAAUAAGGGAAAUCUAAAUCCCAAGAUUUUUUGUCUUUUUAGGAAAGACGUGUUGUGGUGAAAAGUGUUGAUAUAAAAGUGAUAAUUUAGUUCUAGUAGUCUUUAAUGAUUACAUCAGUGUAUUCUAGAUAUAGCUAUGUCUUUAGGCAAUUGUGCUUUAGUUUUUGACUUUUAUGUGUAAGUGCAAAGGAGAAGCGAUCUCAUGAAACGUUUAAUGUAGAAUGUUCACUUUCAUCUUUCAAAAAUGGAAUGAGUUUGAAUAAUUCAGAACAUAUAUGAUCUUGAUAUUCUUUUUUAAUAAUUUGAAGUGCAAAAUACUGAAUUUUUAAACAAGUUACUAUUGACUGCAUUGGCCCAUGUAGCAAAAAGAUAUUUGAUUAUCUUAAAAAUUGUUAAAUAACUUUUUCAUGAAACUUCUCAGUAUUGUAACAGCAACUUGUCAAAUCAAAGCAUAUUUGAGUGUGAUAUUUCCCCUAAUUUGAACUUGAAAUGGUGUUGUAGUCCUGUAUAUUAUGUUGCAAAUUAAAAGAUGGAAACCUUUCUUUGUGUAUGCAUGUUUAAAUUAAAAGGAGGUAAUGGAAAAAUUGA